AUGGACUCGCCGGAGGGACCCGACGCCACCACCUCCUCCGCCGGCGACCGCCCCCAAGGGCGACGGAGCACGUGCGCCACCGGAUGCGGCCGCCCCACGAGCGUGUGCCUCUGCCAAACCCUUCCUCCAGCUCCGCUGCCCACGACCACCAAAAUCGUCAUUCUCCACCACCCGCACGAGCGCCGCCACAAGCUCGCCACCGUCCCAAUCCUCCCCAAAUGCCUAAUCAACUGCGAAAUCAUCAUCGGACGUAAGCUGAAGUACGGCCAGUCGAAGCUUCUCGAUUCGCUCUACGACCGGGCCUGUGACAGCCCGAAUUCGCCUCUCAGCCGAGCAUUUUAUCUCUUUCCUGGUCCAAAUGCUAUGCCGUUCGCUGAAAUAACUAAUCACACAAAUGCUGGCAAGGAUAAUCUCGUUCUAAUCGUUUUUGACGGAACAUGGAAGCACGCCAAGGAAAUGGUACUCGCGAGUUUAUCUUUUGUAUCCAAGUUUGCGAUUCAAGUUUGUUUAGAUUUUGAUGUUGGGGUUGAUGGUGGGACUAUCUAUGACUCGGAGUUGAUUCUGAGGAAAGAACCGUUUGGUGGGUGCAUGAGUACAAUCGAGGCUGUUGCUAGGUGUUUAGGGGUCCUUGAGCAUAAUGGUGUUGAAAUCGAGUCGAGGAUAAUCGAGGUUUUAAGGGCAAUGGUUAGUUUUCAGGCCGGCUUCAUGAAAUUAGUGAAACAUCAUAAAGAUAAAAAUGAUGGCCUCGACUCAGUCUGUUAG